AAUUAAGCCAAUAAGAUUUAUCUAAGAGUGUAUGUUGAAAUUUAUAAAGUGUAGAACAAAGGAAAAAAGGCCGAGAGAGUUUAUUUAUUUAUUAUUGAAUUGCUGGGUGGUCGCGGGGAAAUAUGUUGUUCCGUUGUCAUAAUGCCGUUUUUGCUUCUUUUUCUCUCAUCAUCGUCGUAAGCUUCCGCGCCCUUUUCUUGUUUCCUCAAGUGGCAAUGGCGGCGGCAGGCGGCGGCCAUGCAUCUGUCACACGACACUACAAGUUUGACAUUCGUCUCCAAAAUGUAACACGAUUGUGUCAUACCAAGAGUCUGGUGACAGUCAACGGAAAGUUCCCUGGCCCUGGAAUUAUUGCUCGAGAGGGCGAUAGGGUUGUAGUCAAGGUGGUAAAUCAUGUCUCCAACAAUAUCACCAUCCAUUGGCAUGGAAUUCGACAACUUCAAAGUGGUUGGGCAGACGGGCCGGCGUACAUAACACAAUGCCCAAUCCAAACAGGGCAUAGUUAUGUGUACAAUUUCACCAUUGCAGGGCAAAGAGGGACUCUUUUCUGGCAUGCUCACAUUUCAUGGCUAAGGGUCUCACUCUAUGGCCCAAUUGUCAUCCUUCCUAAAUUGGGUUCUUCUUACCCCUUCCCUAAGCCCCACAAACAAGUCCCAAUCAUAUUUGGCGAGUGGUGGAAUUCAGAUACAGAGGCGGUCAUCAAUGAGGCCCUUAGGACUGGAGGCGGACCGAAUGUAUCUGAUGCAUACACCAUAAAUGGCCUUCCUGGUCCAUCCUACAAUUGCUCUGCAAAAGAGACGUUUAAGUUGACGGUGAAAGCGGGGAAGACGUAUCUAUUGCGGAUGGUCAACGCCGCAUUGGAGGAAGAUCUAUUCGUCACGAUCGCCAACCACACGUUAACCGUGGUUGAAGUCGACGCCGUCUACGUCAAGCCGUUCGCGACGGACAUCGUGGUCAUAUCGCCCGGACAGACCAUGAACGUGCUCCUCCGCGCAAAGCCGACGACGGCGGCGGCGGCUCAUCAUCAUCAUCGCCGGACGAACCCAACCUUCGCCAUUGCGGCCAGGCCGUAUUUCACCGGCCUGGGAACGUUUGACAACUCCACUGUCGUCGGAAUUUUGGAGUAUGCCGCGGCGGCCGAAGACUAUUCUUCGGCGGCCACCGGCACAACCACCGUGGAUUACCGCCGCCUUUCGCUGCCUCCGAUCAACAGCACGUCUUCCGUGGCGGGGUUUGUCAGAAAGCUGCGCAGUUUGGACAGUGCAGAGUUCCCGGCGAAUGUCCCCAAGACUGUGCAUAAAAAGUUCUUCUUCACCGUUGGCCUUGGAACCAGUCCCUGCCCCAAAAACCACACUUGCCGGGGGCCAAGUAAUAGCACAAAAUUUGCGGCCUCGGUGAACAAUGUGUCUUUUGUUACCCCCACCACGGCGCUUCUCCAAGCCCAUUACUCCAAGAACUCCAAAGGCGUCUACACUACCAAUUUCCCAACCUCCCCUCUCGUGCCUUUCAACUACACCGGUGUUCCCCCCAACAACACCGCUGUCGCCAAGGGCACGAAAGUGGUGGUGCUCCCGUUCAACACCACCGUGGAGCUGGUGUUGCAGGACACCAGCAUUCUGGGUGCAGAGAGCCACCCCCUCCACCUCCACGGGCACAACUUCUACGUCGUCGGGUUUGGGUUCGCAAACUUUGAUCCCAAGAGAGAUCCGGCCAAGUACAACCUCGUGGACCCCGUUGAACGAAACACCGUCAGCGUUCCCUCUGGUGGGUGGGUUGCCAUUCGCUUCCGAGCUGACAAUCCCGGUGUGUGGUUUAUGCAUUGUCACUUUGAGGUGCACCUUAGCUGGGGUUUGAAAAUGGCAUGGAUUGUGGAGGAUGGGAAUCUUCCAAACCAGAAGUUGCUUCCACCACCUUCUGAUCUCCCCAAGUGUUAACAAUUUCAUGCCUUCUAUAUGCGGACCAGACUCCUUACAUAACCAACAUAAUUAAUGACACAUGAUGUUUGUUUUAUAUAAAAGAAAAAAUGCAAUUUUGUGCAUUAAAUUUGUAUUUUUUUUAUAGUUCAAUUAGAGUUUGGAAAUAUGUGACAUUGAGCUAUGACAGAUUAUUGGGGAUGGCGGAGAUAACAAAUACUGUGACAACAAAGCGAGUGUGGGUUUUGAUUCAUUUUGUACUUGAGUUAUAUUAGGGUUCACCGUUUGACAUUGGACUUUAAUUAAGGUAAAUCUGAGUUGUGGUAAACUUUGAAUUUGGAUUUAGGAAAUGAUCUGUUCGAUUAGAUUAUCGGAUUUUCAGAUGACAAACAUCCUUUGUUCACGCACGAACUGGAUUUUGGCGUUAAUAUUCUAUUUUGGAUUUAGGAGUAUUAGUUGUUCGAUUAAAUCAUCAGAUUUUCAUGUGGUAAAUAUGUUCAGGGUAUUCUAUCCUUCAAUCGAAGAUGGCAAAUUUCAAUCUUUCGAUGUGAUUGUGGACACAUUUUGACACUCCGAAUUCGCAAGAACAAUACAAAUUGUGGGAGAAGGGAGAGACAUGUGUGAUAAAACAAUGCUUUUGAUCUGAUUAAAAGGAAGACCUGAAGAACACAACCAUAAAAAUGAACAAACGUU